GCCGCCUCCAUAAUCAUUUCGCGUCAACCACUCAACUUUGCCCGUGCCUUGACCAACGCGCCCCCCGUCAAAUCCCCCAAAACUGCCGGCACGGACUCGACGGAUCCGAGAAUUGGGAUUCCAAACAAUAGAACGCGGCAGGAAUUUCUUUUAAAGAAAAAAAAAGGGGACAAGGAUUGGGGCCGAACCGCAAACCGAAAUCUGCUGGGCAGCCCUUAGGGGCGAGACACAUGGGCGGCACCCGACAACCAAAAAUCACCCUGCGAUUGAGAAACUCCUCUGCCGACCGGGACGAAGACACUAUGGCGCCGCCCUCGAGCGCCCGGACGACGCGGUCUCGCGCGAGUCCGGCAGCCAACGUGGCCGCCGACGCGAAGUCGAGCGGAGUGCAGAAGAAAUCCUUCAUGGAGCGGUGGUUGGAGCCGCAGGUGCAGAGCAAGGCCAGCUUUCAAGAGGCAGGACUGAUACGGCAGGGCGUGCUGGAGAACAUGGCUCCGCUGGGGACGCUGCCAAAGCCCGCCGUCACGCGAGCGGCUGCGGCCGAGGGGAAGGGUCAGGAGCAGCAGCAGCCGCCGCAGCCGCAGCAACCGACUCCCACGUCGGGUCGGAGGAUAACUAUCAAGUUUAACAAGCGGCCGCCAUCUGCGCCCAAGACGCCAAAGGCCUCCUCGACCGAAUCUACAGAUGCCGUUGAGACGGCGUCCGAGACAGAAGGUGCAAAGGAACGGGAUAACAGGAGGCGGAAUGAUGGGCCGGAUGCUGAGGCAGAAGUGAAUGGAGUCGACAGCGCUACGGAUUCCAAAUCUAUGACUCCUCCUCCAGUCUCUCGUCAAUCGCUUUCAUUUUCGUCACCGACACCCAACGAGGAGAGUUCCCAUGAGUCAACUGGGAUGGAAGUGCCGUUGACGAGGUCCAAAUUUAGCAUGCGCAAGAGCUUUACCUCGCCCGCAAAAAGCAGCGGGGGCCCCUCACAAUCACCUCACCUGCACACCGGCAACUCAACGAUACCUAGUUAUCCCGCACUGGAUUCCAGCGCUGGCCGCAGUUUUGUUUCAAAGACGCCAACCUCUGCUGCUACCGCUGCAAUGCCGACAGAAAGUCGCAUGGUCGCUACGCGCGCCCGCGAGGUCGUCAACAUUGCAGUCAAAGAGGCCCUCGUGCACCAAGACUACUUGUCUGCGUGGACCAUACGCCAUCUUUUUGACGAAAAUGCCGGGAACCCGCGGGUGAUGGACAUGUUUGAUCAGGUUUUCAGACAGACGGCGGCCGAAGAUGUGCUGAUUGAAUUUGUGCACAUGAUCGGCAAAAAAAAGCGGGAAGGCCACAAAACCAAGCAGUACAGCACGAUGAUGCCCUCCGAGGGACAACCAUCUUCAAACCCGCCAAAGCCGGCUCCAUACAGGGAUUUGGUCAAGCCGGACGUGUUGAGGAUCGUCAAAAAGGCCGCAGAGCGACCUUCGACAGCACAAGACACGGAGCCCCAAGAUGAAUCCGGGCAAGAUGCAGACAGUCACAAGGAUAAAAAGCAGAAGACUGGGGGCCGAGAAAUUAAGCUCAAGACUCCAUCGGGCACAAGGGCCCGGGUGACAGCUAAGGGCUCGCCGCAGAGGAGUGGGAAAAUGGCCAAGACACCAAGCAAGACUCCCAUGUCACACAAGCGAUCACUUUCAAAUGACAGCAUAUCGUCUCUAUCUUCAGCACCUUCGGAUCUUGAUGAAGACAUUGGUGACGUUUUCGAGGCAGCAGAGGAGCAGGUGACAAUUUCAUCUCCAACGGCGCAGGUCAAGCGAAAGGGUCGAAACCAAGGAAGGCAUUCGACGGCGAAGGCAGCAACAGCGAAAGCAGAGCCUGAACUACAGAAAGGGGAAGAAUCACUUGGAACUGACGAGACUGCAACGACUGGAUCCGGCAGUGCCAGUGCUGAUGAUUUUGGCGGUGCGGCUACUCCGGCUCCUGCUGUCGCUCCUACUGUGGCUGGUAGGGCGCGUGCCGAGACUGCCAGGUCCAGCACCAAAACACGGGCGGUGGCGAGUCAACCAAUCACAACGGGCCGACGCAAAUCAAGAAGGACCGGGAAUGCAUCGCCCACCAGUACGCCCACCAGUACGCCCACCCCCCAAGUCUCGGGCCAGAAUCCUCCACCCCUUUCUUCCAAUAGUACCAACAACAACAACGACAACUCCAACGAAGCUGCUUCUGGGCUCACUGACUCCCGUAUGUCUGUCACAAAGCAAACUGCCCCAAAGGACAACUCUUUGUCGUCUGCAACCCGGAAAACCACCAGACAAAGCACGGCCAAUAGCAGCAACAACAGCAGCAACAAUAAUUCUAAUUCCAGCAAGGCGUCGUCACCUGCGCCACCCCCAUCCCAAACCAAGUUUGCCAGCAAAAUUGGUGCCUUGGAUGAGGAUGAUCCCAAGACAAAGCUCCGCAGGGACGCCAAGCUCCGCACCGACGCUUUUAUCACCAUUACCGAAAGCUUUACCCGGGGUCUUGACGACCAGAGGUCCGACGGCCCAGUGCAGGAUCAGGAAGCGGCAUCUGUUGAGCUCCCGGAACCCGAGAUCGAGCGCGAGCCAGAACCUGAGCUGCCGGAACAGGAGCCGCUCAGGGCUGACGUUGACGCCGAAGCGAGCGCCGGCUUGUCUACUCCAACGGGUGCCUUGAAACUGCGUCGGCCGCGGGCGGCGCAUUCGUCGCUCCGCAGCACUAGGUCCGCUCGUAAGCGAACGCACGACGACAUUGAAGACGAGCCCUCGCCAUCAUCGGCCGUCUUCCCGUCAUCUGUAAACCCACCGGCUUCGUCCUCUGCAGUAAACUCACGUGCCAGCACCCCGGUCCCGCGACCUGCGAAGAAGGCAAAGACAGGCCUUCGCGUGAAAACCUCGCCUAUGAAGAAGAAGUUAGGCCCGUCAGCCGGAGUGCCUCGGGUCAGCGGAGAUCGUGGUAGCCCGGUCGCAAAUGGCGCACCCAGCUCCUUGGAUGAAAAUGACGACUUCUGCUCUUCAUGCAAUGGCCAAGGUGAGCUGCUCUGCUGCGAGACGUGUCGACGGGCGUUCCAUUUCAAAUGUGUAGAUCCACCGCUACAGCGUUUGAAUUUGCCCGAUGAGUGGUUCUGCAACGUCUGCAUUGCCAGGCAUAAACCUGCCACGGUUGUCCAUCAGACCGGAGCGUUCCGCUUCCUCAUGACAGAGCUCAAUGCCAAAAACUCAAGUGCUUUCCGGCUUCCCACGGACGUCAGGACCUACUUCGUCGGUGUAGAUGAGGGUCCUGACGGCGAGUACGAGGAGGCCACGCCGCCUGCCCCUAAGGCAGCCAAGAAGAAGACUGGCUACGAGGAACCACCAGACUUCUAUCGUGUCAGGGACCAGGAUGGAAAAGCAGUCGUCUGCCAUGCCUGCGACAAGCCAUCCGACAACAAACGGACAAUAAUCCCAUGCAGCAUCUGCACUCUCAACUGGCAUCUCGACUGUCUGGACCCACCAAUGCCCUACCCACCCGUGCUGCGUACUUGGAGAUGCCCCGCGCACAUUGAUGACCUGCUUAUGAGGCUCCCGGGCACUUUGGCACCAGCUCACAAGCGCCGUCGCAUCAAGGGUGCGUCCGCUUUUAGGCCUGCCUACAGUCGAGGUCUGCGGAACAACGGAUAUAUCGAGGUUGACGACGGAGAAUACGAUGAUGUACCACCCCGUCCGGAUCUCAUCGGUGCCGACAGUCGGCUGCCCGCCCAGGGCGUCGUUCAAGAUUUUGUUGAUACUGUCAGGCGCAACGCUAGAAUUGAACAGCAAAACAACUCCCACUAUACCAGCGCCUCCAAGGACCUGCAAGGCACACGCGGAGCUUUGGAGAUUCUUGCAGACGCCUGCCCACAGCCUGCUGUCGACGAAGCGUCUGCUGACAAGACUGGUCUGUUAAUCGCGGCGCUCGUCUCCGGCGCAGACAAUGAGUUACUGCACAAUGUCUCUCGUGAUAGCAUUGUGUCCAUAGCCAGCGGAACUGGCUUGGCAACCAAGGACAAGAGCGGCUUAAAGGCCAUGCUGGCCGAGUUGGAGAAGCUGACAGGCAACAUCAGGCAUGUGUUGGCCGCACGAGCAUCCACCCCGGCGUCGCCAGUAGCAGCAAAUGAUGAGCCGCCCUCGUCCAUGACAACGGGAGAGAGCCCACCAGCCACCGUGCCUCAGCUCACGGAAGGGACGGAGAAGUCAACCCCUGAGGCCGAGGAGGACAACAUCGUAGUCACGCCCAUAACGGAACUGGAAGAAACCAACAGCCCCAUCAAGCAGUCAAUCGGAUGCGACGAUGUUGUCAUGACUGACGAGCCGAUGGUAGCAGCAUCUGAUGACAGCGAGCUCAUCACUCCCGUCAAGUCCGUACCAGCUCUUGCCGCUACUCCACGAUCUGGGUCUCCUAGCAAGAAGUAGGAGGCUCGUGUAGAGGCACCAAUGCAACUAUAGAAAACGGGCUUGGUGAUCUGGACUUUACCCCAUCUUUUCUCAUAGUGAGAACUCAUUGAUCCUUUUCAUUUCGUCAAUUCACCCUUAGAGCGGUGGCGACCAAUUGUUCGAGGCGCCAUGGCCUGGAGACGAGGCUCCUUCAUGUCAAAUUCUCUUAGAAGAGGAAAAAGCCUAACAGAGGGGGCACUUGGCGACUACCUAGGUAUCUAUCUACCCUGUCUGCGGCUUUGUUCCUGAUGCGGCUCUAUUUUCUCAAAAAGAAAAAAAAAGAAAGAGAGAAAAAAUUGAAAUAUCUUUAUCAUGCACGAGGCCACCCUAUAUCUUGCAGAUAAAAGGCAUGGUCCAUGGGUUUUACUAAGGCUUGUUGUUUCCCUUUGUUCUGCAUUGCAUAGCUUUGUACACCAUAGCGAAUCUUCUUUCUAUCGACUUUGGCUCUGAUCUUCUGAUUCUCAUCCUCAAACGAAUGGUAUAUUAGCCGCCCCCCAGUAUCUCUUUACAUACUUUUUGUCUUUUACUCGUUUCUUUUAUUUUAUAUUUCUUCCCCUCGGUCGUUGUCUUGAGAUUACUCCUCCAAAACCAACAAAGAGGCGUGACAAGGGAGAUCAAGUAAGCUUGAGAACCGUAGAGGGGUUUCUUUUCUUUUCUUCUUAUCUUCUUUUUCUUUUUACUUCUUGUUCUUCUUCUUUCCCCGACCGAAACUUACGUAUCUACCUAGGGUGUUUUCCUUCCAUGUGAGGAACUGAAGUCGGGGGUGUAACAGGCAGGAUUUCUGAGAGACAGCCGACACUGCUACUCUAUGCUAAGAGGGAAAAUGGAAGUGGAUCACGAAUAAAAAUUCCCAAUUCGAACCCCGAGUAAUCGACAUGCGGGUACUCUAAUGCGCGUCAGUCCUUGGUUCUAGAUAGGUGGUUGGUGAUCAGUGACAUCAGUUCAGCGAGUAUUUUACCCAUACUUGACUCUAAAAUUUGCUUUAACAGAGGCUUCACACACACACACACAUCAGCUUCCUGUUCUGGGCGCUGACGCCUAAGGAGGAUGGACACCAUCGUUGAC